AUGGGUCAUGAGUAUGCAGAGUUGGACAAGGUUAGACAGAGUAAUCAAGAACAUAUGGGUCCGGCCAUCGACCGUAUCUGGACAUUGGUUAGACAGCAUGUUGGAAUGAUACGUCAUCACGAAGAGCAAGAGCGAUCGGUACACCGAUUCUUUGAACAACUGUACAACUUUAUCAUGGUGGAGGAGAAGAAGGUUUCAAAGCCAUUUCAACAGCAACGAGACAAGAGCAUGGCGCGACUCGAUGAGCUGCUUGGUCACAUUGACAAGCUGACCUCUACCAUGUCCACGCCGCCCACCUACACAGUGGCCAGCGAUGAGAAUCAUCAUCUCUAUCACGCCGACUAUGACUCUGUCUACCAAGAGUACUUGUCAUCGCUGACCAACGGCGGGCGAGACGAUGACAGUGAUGGCGACCUCGACCAACAUGAUCAAUCAAACACAACGCAAAGUCUACAGUCAUUGCCAGCUGAACAACUCAAAGCAUUGGUUGACAAGCAUCAGACUAUCACAGACUUUAUUCAAUCGAGCCGAUUACAAGAAGUAGUGGGCGAAGACAAUGACAAGGACAAGGACAAGGAAAAGGACAUCACAACACUCCCAUCAAAUGUGUUUAGACAACUGCUCAAACUUGAAGCGGCAGAGUUUGCUCUGGAGACGGAUAAUGACGAGGAGGAUAUAUUGUGUGGCUUUGGAUUCGACGCGUCAUUGUUGGAGAAGCUAAAGGCUGACUUGAAGAAUGUGUACGAGGUGGACUUCUCGAGUGCACAGUCAGUGGCCACACCGCCACGCUCACAACUCUAUUCACAAUACCGUCUGAGCAGCAUCUAUCUGCUGGGCGGCUACGACUAUCCCAAGUUCCACCCGCUCACCUUUGACAUUUACGACCUGGCCACAGACGACUGGACCUCACGCAUGACUCACGAGCUGUUCACGCCCGGCUCCUUCACGCCCUUCACCAACCCCUUCAUGUCGGCAGUCAACACGGGCGAUCGCAUCUAUUUGUUUGGAGGCGACGCCGAGUCUAGCCACUACUUUGUCUACGACCUCAAGGCCAAGGCCUGGGAGAAGCCCAUUGCACGCCGGCUAUUGUCGGCGGGCGGCAUGGGCAUCUCGGCCUGCUACGACGGACAACGCUACAUCCAUCUGACUGGCGGCUACAGUCACCAACGAUGUCUGGACCGCGUGGACCGGUUCGACGUGUCCACUGGCGAGUUCAUACUAAACGUUGGCAAGCUUGUCGAGCCACUCUACAACGCAUUCACCUUCUGGCAUGACUCGCACCUCUUUGUCAUUGGCGGAUGGCAUGAUCGACGCGAGGGCACCAACAAUCCCACCCUGGCCAUGUACCAUCUCAGCACCAACAACAUACUCUCUACAAUCUCAAACAACAAUGACAACUCAAACAAUGGUGGUGGAUCACUCAAAGACUCUCAAGGAUCAGGAUCAGGAUCAGGCUCAGGAUCAAUCAGUAAUAGUAUAAGUGAACAGAGUCUGGUGUCAUGUGUGGACUUGAAGUGCACGUCUGGUGUGGAACGAGCAUGUUUCGAUCCGAUACAAGGCAAUGUUUACUAUAUGGGCUCGGAUGAAGUGUUGUUCAGGAUCAAUGUGGAGACGGAAAAGGUUGAGAUACUACAGCCCGUUCCACUAAGCUUUGAAGAGUCUGAAAAAGGUAUACAUGGAGCAUCAUUAAUAUUUGGAAUGGACAAUAAUAAUGGAUCGAAUCUACAUCUCAUUGGUGGAAACAUCAACUUUGUCUAUCAAGUCAGCAGUGCAACCUGGAAACGACUUCAAUCGCCUCCAACCGAUUCAACGUGGCAAUCAGCAACAGGUGUCACUAAUUCACUCACUCAAUCACUUACAUAA